AAACCUGAUGGUCAUUUAUCAUUUAAUGCAUGUACCCAUAUGCUUGAAAUCGAAUUUUCAAUUAUGCAAACGAUUUGAAUUAUUUCAAUGUUCCAAUUGAAUAAUGCAAACGAUGUAUCGAUGACAAAUUUGUUAUUUGUGUAUCCUUUAACAGUUAAUUUAUUGACAGCACGCCAACAUAAAUGCAACAAACGCAAGUUGCACAUCCAGCAGCUAUGGCGAAUGAGACGAAUGUGUUCCGUUUGCCGGUGGACGCGGAGUCGAUACGGUUCAAUGAUUGGACGAUCAGCUAUGAGAAGUCGCACAUAUUGAAGAGCAUGUGCCAUUUGGGCAGCGACAAGUGCUGCGAUAAGAACGAUGCCAAUCGCUGCGAGCUCUGCAAUUAUCAACAUUCGCUGGAGUUGCCACAUUUGCCGGACAUGGUGUUCCACAAGAAUAAGCUGGUGCUCCAGCACAAGGAUGGCGCUCUUAUGGAAUUCAAGCCCAUGGAUGCACUCGCCCUGGUUGCCAACGGCAAACAGGCUGAAGAAAUGGAAGUCGCCUGCGCUCAGGAAUGGCGCGAAACACGAGCGGAGCAGAAUAUGGAGCAAAAAUACAAGCCAUUCGAUUGGACAUUCACAUCCACAUAUCAGGGCACGCUGAACGAUAAGUUUCGCACAGAGUCCACUACUCAGUCGCUGAACAAGAUGAAGCUGAUGCAGCGCGAGAAUAUUCUAUUCUAUCAUGAUCUCACACUCUACGAGGAUGAGCUGCACGAUCACGGCAUCUCGGCGCUGAGCGUUCGGAUUCGAGUGAUGCCCUCCGGUUUCUUUGUGCUGUUGCGUCACUUUCUGCGCAUCGAUGAUGUGCUUAUCCGGAUGCACGACACACGUUACCACUGCGAGAUUGAGAAUGACUACAUACUCAAGGAGUACAUUCACCGCGAAGCACCCUGCUCCGCAUUAUUACAGUCACCAUCUAGCUUAUGGACGAAUCCCGACGAAAUACAAAACUUUCUGCCAGUAAAAUCCAAGGAGUUGCACAAGCUGUUCUUUGAAUAGUUUUACUUGUAGUAUUUACAAAGUAAAUAAAUUGUGGGACCCCCAGUUCCCAUAAUAUUAAGGCGCUCAGGUCCAUGUAUUCCAUGUAUUGUGUGUACCAAUUAAAUUUUAAAAUAUGUCAGCGAAUACAUUUUUUGGCACAACA